GGCUCGUCACGUGGGCCUGACAGCUGGGGAAGGGGUGGCUGGUGACAAUGUGGUCCUAAGGUGGUCAGCUCCAGGAGCUACUGCGCUGAGACCCAUUGGCCUGCCCACCCCCAGCCCACCCGCCUGGGCUUCUGGGCCGGCCCCACCAUGUUCUCCAGGAAGAAGCGCGAACUCAUGAAAACCCCUUCCAUCUCGAAAAAGAACCGGGCGGGAAGCCCCAGCCCGCAGCCCUCUGGGGAGCUGCCCAGGAAAGAUGGGUCCGAUACUGUGUACCUGGGACCCAGCCUGGAGCCACUGAGCGUGGCCUGCAAUGCCAAGGCCACAGGCACACUCAAGAGGCCCACCAGCCUAAGCCGCCAUGCCAGCGCUGCUGGCUUCCCGCUGUCAGGCGCCAGUUCCUGGACACUAGGCCGGGGCCACCGCAGCCCACUGACAGCAGCCAGCCCUGCUGAGCCUCCCAUCGAGGGGCCCUGCGCAGACGCUGUGGAGGACAUCUCUCACCUUCUGGCGGAUGUGGCCCGCUUUGCUGAGGGCCUGGAGAAGCUGAAGGAAUGUGUUUUGCAUGAUGAACUCCUCGAGGCCCGCCGGCCCCUGGCCCAUGAGUGCCUGGGCGAGGCCCUACGAGUGAUGCGCCAGGUCAUCUGCAAGUACCCACUGCUGAACACUGUGGAGACGCUCACCGCUGCAGGCACCCUCAUUGCCAAGGUCAAAGCCUUCCAUUAUGAAUGCAACAAUGAGGCCGACAAGCGGGAGUUUGAGAAGGCCUUGGAGACCAUCGCUGUCUCCUUCAGUAGCACUGUGUCUGAGUUCCUUAUGGGCGAAGUGGACAGCAGCACCCUCCUGUCGGUGCCUCCCGGGGACCCGAGCCAGUCCAUGGAGAACCUGUACGGACAGGGCACGGAGGGCACCCCUCCCAGCAAUGAGGACUGUGAUGCAGGCUGCCUGCUGCCCGAGGAUGUGGACAAGCUGCUGCAGCGCUGUGAGGGCGGGGUGGACACAGCCCUGAACUACGCCAAGAACAUGGCCAAGUACAUGAAGGACCUCAUAGGCUACCUGGAGAAACGCACGGCGCUAGAAAUGGACUUCGCCAAAGGCCUGCAGAAGAUUGUCCACAACUGCAGACAAAGCGUCAUGCAGGAGCCCCACAUGCCCCUCCUGUCCAUCUACUCGCUGGCCCUGGAGCAGGACUUGGAGUUUGGCUACGGCAUGGUGCAGGCGGUGGGCACACUGCAGACCCAGACCUUCAUGCAGGUGGGCUGUGCCAGGGAAGCCAGGCUGUUGGGUGGUGCUGGGGUCCCCCACUCACGGCCUGUCUUGUUCCAGCCCCUGAACCUGAGGCGGCUUGAGCACGAGAAGCGUAGGAAGGAGAUCAAGGAGUUGUGGCACCGCGCUCAGAGGAAGCUGCAAGAGGCAGAGUCCAACCUUCGCAAGGCCAAGCAGGGCUACGGGCAGCGCUGUGAGGAUCACGACAAGGCCCGUCUCCUGGUGGCCAAGGCGGAGGAGGAGCAGGCGGGCACUGGGCCUGGGGCGGGCGGCACAGCCUCGAAGGCCCUGGACAAGCGGCGGCGCCUAGAGGAAGAAGCCAAGAACAAGGCAGAGGAAGCCAUGGCCACGUACCGCACAUGUGUGGCAGACGCCAAGACACAGAAGCAGGAGCUGGAAGACACCAAAGUGACGGUGCUCCGGCAGAUCCAGGAGGUCAUCCGGCAGAGUGACCAGACCAUCAAGUCGGCCACCAUCUCCUACUACCAGAUGAUGCACAUGCAGACGGCCCCGCUGCCCGUGCAUUUCCAGAUGCUGUGUGAGAGCAGCAAGCUGUACGACCCGGGCCAGCAGUAUGCCUCCCACGUGCGCCAGCUGCAGCGCGACGAGGAGCCUGACGUGGACUACGACUUUGAGCCCCAUGUCUCCACCAACACCUGGUCCCUGGUCGUGCGAGCCAGGAAGGGCAGCUUCAACGUUGGUGAUGCUGUGGGAGCAGAGGCCACCGGCAGUCCCCCGGAGGAAGGUGGGCCCAGCGAUGGGGCACUUGCCAAGGAGCGCAGGGGUGGGCGCGGACACCAGGUGCACAAGUCAUGGCCCAUCUCCAUGUCAGACUCUGAGGGCAGCCUGGACCCCAGCCCUGGCUCAGGGGACUUUAAGAAGUUGGAACGGAUGUCGUCCAGUGGCACCAUGUCAUCUAGUGAGGAGCUGGUGGACCAGGAGGGCAGUGCAGGGCCUUCAGCCUUUGAGCAGGCUGAUCUCAAUGGCAUGGCCCCUGAGCUCCCAGUGGCUGUGCCCAGUGGGCCCUUCCGCCACAUGGGGUUGUCCAAGGCAGCCCGUACGCACCGGCUCCGGAAGCUGCGCUCGCCAGCCAAGUGCCGGGAGUGCAACAGCUAUGUAUACUUCCAGGGCGCCGAGUGUGAGGAGUGCUGCCUGGCCUGCCACAAGAAGUGUCUGGAGACCCUGGCCAUUCAGUGCGGCCACAAGAAGCUUCAGGGACGCUUGCAGCUCUUUGGCCAGGACUUUGGCCAGGCGGCCCGCAGCACGCAUGACGGAGUGCCCUUCAUCAUCAAGAAAUGCGUCAGCGAAAUAGAGCGGCGGGCGCUGCGCACCAAGGGCAUCUACCGCGUAAAUGGGGUGAAGACGCGUGUGGAGAAGCUGUGCCAGGCCUUCGAGAACGGCAAGGAGCUGGUGGAGCUAUCGCAGGCGUCACCUCACGACAUCAGCAAUGUCCUCAAACUCUACCUGCGUCAGCUUCCCGAGCCGCUCAUCUCCUUCCGUCUCUACCACGAGCUCGUGGGGCUGGCCAAGGACAGUCUGAAGGCCGAGGCCGAGGCCAAGGCGGCGGCCCGGGGCCGUCCAGACGUGGCCGAGAGCGAGGCUGCCGCCCUGGCUACGGUGGGCCGGCUGCGGGAACUCAUGCGUGACCUGCCGCCCGAGAACCGGGCCUCACUGCAGUACCUGCUGCGGCACCUGCGCAGGAUCGUAGAAGUGGAGCAGGACAAUAAGAUGACACCCGGGAACCUGGGGAUCGUAUUCGGGCCCACGCUGCUGCGGCCUCGGCCUACCGAGGCCACCGUGUCCCUCUCGUCCCUCGUUGACUACCCCCACCAGGCCCGCAUCGUGGAGACCCUUAUCACCCAGUACAGCCUGGUCUUUGAGGAGGAGCCCGAGGAAGUGGCGGGGGGCCUGGUGAGGCUGCAUGACCAGACGGCCACCCAGCGAGCCGAGGUGCUGCUUCAGGUGCCCUACUCGGUGACCAGUGAGGGCGCUGCCUUCCCCCUGCAAGAGGAGGCUGGGGAUGGGGGCCUAGACCCACCAGAGUCUCACAUUGCCUCCAACGACUCUGACUCAGAGCUGGAGGAGGCCCCAGAUGUAUUGUCCCCGGUGUCUGGGGGUGGCCUGCAUGGCCUCAGCUUUCUGGAGAUGCAGGGCAGCGCAGCCAGCGUGGAAGAGGCCCGGGACAGCAGCAGUGAGGAGCCACUGGGGGCCUCCACCGGGGAGGAUGGCAACUGGGAGGGGCUGUCCCAGUGCCGCAGCGGCCAGUGCACCAGUGUGAAGCUCCAUGGGCCGGGCAGCAGCCGGGACAGGGGGCCGGAGUUUGUCUAGCUGGGGCUGAGUACCACCCCAUUGUUGACCCAUCCCAGGGGCUGUCCCUGGGCCCCUCCCAGGAGUGGGGGGCGAGGCUGGGUCUGCCCCCACGUACAACUUGCCCGGCUGAGCUGGGGACUCUGCUCUUGAGAGUCACUCUGGGGCUGUAUGGACAGAGGAACCCCCUGCAGGACCCCCCACCUGUGACCUUCCAUCACUCGGCCGUGGGAGGCCACACUGACAGCUGGGUGGCCGGCAGGGGCUGGGUGGGGGCAUUGGGCUUGGCUACCUGGUGCUUGGAUACAUAGUGGGGUCUCCCCUUGAUACGUGCCUGUAUUUUGCUUAAAAUAAAGCUGUCAAUUUGA